AGUUCUAAUGAAAAAAAUUAAUUGAUAAAUUUUUUAAUACAUCAGAAAAAAGUUAUGUGAGGGAAAAUAAUAAACAUAUUUUUAUUGAGGGUAAUGUAGUCAAUUUCCUAAAGCGCCGCCCCCCACCCCCCCCACAACGGAGAAUCUAAACUGCGCUGGGGAGCCAAUUCCCAAAUACGUGCGAAAGUCAGUUUUAUCCCACGUGGCCUAUGGUCUCCUCUCUGGCUCUCCCCCUUUAUUUAUUAUUUUAUUAAAAAAAUAAUAAAAAAGAGUCUAUUUACACAUCCUCUUUUCGAUUUCUUCCUUUUUCAUAUAUUCUCCUCCUCCAACCAACAAGCCCAUAAAUAACACACACCGUCAUCUAGGCUGUAGCUCGUGAUCACAUUACUUCUCUGUAAGUUCCUCCAAAAGUAACUCCUCUCUCUCUCUCUCUCUCUCUCUCUGAGGUUUCCGUCAUGGUGAAGAAUAUUCUGGUCACCGGUGGCGCUGGUUACAUUGGGAGUCACACGGUGCUUCAACUCCUGUUAGGCGGUUACUCCGUCGUCGUUGUAGAUAAUCUCGAUAAUUCUUCCGCUGUCGCUCUCGAAAGAGUCAAGGAACUCGCCGGUGAACACGGCAAGAACCUCUCCUUUCACCAGGUAGAUCUCCGCGACAAGCCAGCUCUGGAAAAAGUUUUCUCCCAAACCAAAUUUGAUGCUGCCAUCCACUUUGCUGGGCUCAAGGCAGUUGGUGAGAGUGUGGAGAAACCAUUGCUUUAUUUUGACAACAAUGUUAUUGGAACAAUUACAUUGCUGGAAGUAAUGGCUGCCCAUGGAUGCAAGAAGCUUGUGUUUUCUUCAUCAGCUACUGUUUACGGUUGGCCAAAGGAGGUUCCAUGUACAGAAGAAUUCCCUCUUUUUGCAAUGAACCCAUAUGGUAGAACCAAGCUUUUCAUUGAAGAGAUUUGUCGUGAUAUCUACCGUUCAGAUUCUGAAUGGAAGAUCAUAUUGCUAAGGUACUUCAAUCCUGUUGGUGCACAUCCUAGUGGCCUUAUUGGUGAGGAUCCCCGUGGAAUUCCAAACAAUCUCAUGCCCUACGUGCAGCAGGUUGCUGUUGGCAGACGUCCUCAUCUGACAGUCUUUGGAAAUGACCAUUCAACAAAGGAUGGUACUGGGGUACGUGACUAUAUUCAUGUUGUGGACUUGGCAGAUGGUCACAUUGCUGCAUUGCGUAAGCUCUCCGAUGCUAAAAUAGGCUGUGACGUAUAUAACUUGGGAACAGGAAAAGGAACAUCAGUUUUGGAGAUGGUUGCAGCAUUUGAAAAGGCAUCCGGAAAGAAAAUUCCUCUUGUAAUGGCUGGACGGCGUCCUGGUGAUGCUGAAAUUGUUUACGCAUCUACAGAAAAGGCUGAACGGGAAUUGAAGUGGAAGGCAAAAUAUGGCAUCGGUGAGAUGUGCAAGGACCAGUGGAACUGGGCCAGCAAGAACCCUUAUGGCUUUGGAUCUCCUGAGACCAAAUAGAAAGACUAACAUUUUCUUUAUGAUGUAUAUUCACCCAAGUUGUCGUGUUUAUAGGGAUUUUAGGGAUUAGGUAUUAUUAUUAGUUGAUAACCAUUGUAUUGUUAAGAUCCCCAAAUAAGCUGCCUAUUUGGCCCCUUGAUCUACAUAAUUGUUCAAUUAGGAGUCCUUUGAGGGCUAAAUGCUUCUUAAGUAGUUAACUGAACUAUGAGUAAAUAUUUGUAAUUUGAUUGUGUUUAUAAACGGUGGGGUUUUUAUUAUUU